AUGGGCCACCAAAGAAGAAUACGAAAAUACGUCGAAGCCUUUAGGGACGAGUCAGCCCCCGCACUUUCGGAGGGUAGCUCUCCCAGCUCACAGUCUGACCAGUUCCCAUUCUUGACACAAUUUAUACAUCGCGCUGAACAAAGUCAAGCAGACCUUUGGACACGCGAUCUGGAGCUCAUGCAUCACUGGACCACCGAAGCCUUCGAGGCCCUAUCACAACGGGACGACAUGCGACAACUAUGGAGAGUAGACGCGCCUGAGCAUGCCUUUCAGCACACGUUCUUCGUGCAUGAGCUACUGGCUUUUGCAGCACUACAUAAAGCGUACAAGUUGCCCGAGCAGAGGGCCCAAUACUAUGCAUAUGGAAUCCACCACCAGGAUAUGAGUAUUCGAGGCGUAAGAGAAAAGCUCUUGAAUGUCACAUCACACGAAGCGGCCGCACUCGUUGCAACAUCAACGCUUUUGACGCUGAGUGUAUUCGCUUCCACAGGAUUUGAGCUCAACCAUCCAGAAAUCCCGAGUUCCCAAGGCCCCAUCGAAGGCAUCUUGAACAUAUUCAGUUUGAUGCAGGGCAUGGGCAACGUGCUUGCAAUGGCACGGGCCCAGGUUGUGAAUUCUUGGCUUGCACCCAUGUUACAAGAGCCUCGGGAAGCCAUUGCUUCUCAACCUAUGUUACAAGAGCUCGUCCAUCACAUCCCUCAGCUGAUCUCAUUUGUCAAAAACAAGCACGAUCUUCCCAAUGUGGAAAGAGAACUAUACCUUGGGGUCAUUGGGAACCUGGAACCUGUACUGCAGAUGGCCAUGUCACCACGUAUGGACAAUCGCGAGAUGCGCUUCCUGUUCUUUUGGCCACUGAGUCUGCAAGGAGACUUUCUUGGCUACUUUCGACAACGGCAUGCUGGAGCACUUGCAGUAGUUAUGUAUUAUUCGACAAUACUAUUCGCAUCCCAAACCCGCUACUGGUUCAUGGAGGGUUGGGGAGAGCAGCUGAUGCGAGCGUGCUACGAGGAGAUGGACCCAGAAUGGUUUCCGGCUGUCCAGUGGCCGGCCGGUUUUCUGAGCCGCGCCCCUUCAUGGAACAUCUUUAGUAGCUUCGUACAAGCACGAAAUGGUGGCCAGAUUACCCCAUUACCAACACAUAACCCUAGCCCUGGGCCGUAUGGACAGCGGACACAACUCGAAGUACCUAUCAGGCAGUAUGCUACAGGCCCGAGUUCGCAUGAGAUGCACGCAUCGUCGCAGUAUCGUACCGUACCUGAAGCACAACUUGGCCAAAGGGAUAGUGUCGCAACACAUGGGCGGCACGGACCUGAUGAAGGCACGCAAUGA